CAGGCAGUGCAGAGGCUCUUUGAGGCUUUUGUGUCGAUCCAACGGCACACCAGUCCUUCGCUCGACGUCUCCUUGCUUGUUCACACCUCACAGUCUUUGACAUUCGUCUAUCCUGAGACGUAACUUGUUGAACAUGGCACAGCAGCUUGCGGAAAAGUCCAACUCUGCUUCGAGCAGUUCCUCUUUGGAGGCACAAACGGUACCCAUUCCGCCAGCCCAACCUGCAGCAUCCUCUGCGCCUCCAAAUGGAGGACUGAAAGCAUGGCUACAAGUCCUGGGCUCCUUCAUCUUGUUUUUCAACACUUGGGGACUUGUCAACAGCUUCGGCGUCUUUCAGACAUACUACACCACUGAUAUCCUGAGCAACGUGUCGGAAUCGGAUAUCUCUUGGAUCGGAUCCAUCCAAGCCUUUCUGUUGCUUAUCAUCGGUGUUGGAACUGGGCCCCUCUUUGAUGCUGGAUUCUUUUUCCACCUGCUUUGCGGAGGAGGGUUCCUCAUCAUCCUCGGGCAGUACAUGACAAGUCUGUGCACACAAUACUGGCAGUUCAUGCUGGCACAAGGAAUCACCGUUGGACUUGGUUGUGGAUGCUUAUUCAUUCCGAGCGUCGCCAUCGUUUCAACUUACUUUACAACGAAGAAAUCGUUCGCCACAGGUAUCGCAGCCAGUGGGAGCAGCAUCGGUGGCAUCAUCUACCCAAUCGUGUUCGCCAGGUUGCAACCGCGGAUCGGUUUUCGCAACACCAACAUUGUCAUUGCCUCGAUCAUGUUGGCGACAACCUUGGUAUGCGUCGCCGUGAUGCGCGUCCGUGUCCUGCCUCCUCAAAAGCGUCGUUUGGUUGAUCUGCAAGCCUUCCGCGAGCUGCCAUUCACCGCAUUCAGCAUCGCAGAAUUCUUUGGCUUCAUGGGCAUGUACAUCCCAUUCUUCUAUAUCCAGACCUUCUCAGCGGACAAGGGGAUCACAGGAGCAACUCUGGCAUUCUACAUGCUUCCUGUGCUCAACGCGGCAUCUGUGUUUGGACGUAUCAUCCCGAACUUCUUUGCCGACAAGACCGGUCCAUUGAACAUGCUCAUCCCGACGUCAGCACUUGCAGCUGUCCUAGGGUUCUGCUGGAUUGCAGUGGAUGGCAAAGCAGGGCUUUUUGUGUUCUGCAUCUUCUAUGGUCUGUUCUCGGGCACGUUCGUGUCUCUCCCACCCACCACAGUGGUGAGCCUCUCUCCAAGCUUGUCAGUGGUUGGAACUCGGAUGGGCAUGAGUUUCUCCUUCGCGGCCUUCGGCAUUCUGGUGGGCAAUCCAGUGGCAGGCGCUAUACUGAAAUCAGGUGGCUGGCUCGGUCUUCAGCUUUUCUGCGCAUGUUCAGUGACAGCAGCGACGGCUGUCUGUGUUGUCGCAAGGUUUGGCAAGGCAAAGGGUCUGAUGGAGAAGGCGUGAAAUGGUGCAGAGCGGCAGUUCAGGAAUAGCAUCGUUGGAGCGUUCUCACGAGAAAGGACAGCUCAACAUCUCCUCGGGAGCCUGAGGCAGCCGAGGAGAGAUUGACCGGAGUGAUAGAGAAACUUUUGGAGCGUUGCAGAUCGUUUCGUCUCGCAACGCCAGGUGGGCCAUCAAGACGGUGGUGUAUGUUUGAGUGGAUGUUCUAAUGACUCCCAUAGCAUCUGAAAGUACAUUGAUCACACAAACCC